GCUGACAGUAUUAGAUAUUUAGCCCGACAGAUUAUUGUCCUUCUUCUUUUUCACCUCUGCAAGGACCCGAAGACUUAAAAAAACUCUGAGAAGAAUAGGAAAAAUGAAAUGGUAACAAAAGCCGGAAUCCUUUCUUCGAAACGCACUUCCUCCAGGUUUUCGUCGUCAUCUGCUGAUCCACUCCGCCGACCAGCCGCCGCCGUCAUGCUCCGACUCUUCGUUAUCUGCUUCUUCCUCUUCCCUCUCGCACUCGCUUCCGAAUCCGAUCACAAGUAUCAAGUGGAUGAUCGUGUCAUCCUAUGGGUGAACAAGGUUGGACCCUAUAAUAACCCACAAGAAACCUACAACUAUUACAGUCUUCCUUUUUGUCGGCCACCCGGUGAUGCAGCCCACAAAUGGGGUGGCCUUGGAGAAGUUCUUGGUGGAAAUGAGCUUAUUGAUAGUCAAGUUGAUAUAAAGUUUAAAAAAAAUGUGGAGAAGAAGACAAUUUGUUCACUUGAAUUGGAUGAAGCUAAGGUUAAGCAAUUUAAGGAAGCAAUUGAAAAUUCAUAUUGGUUUGAAUUCUUCAUUGAUGAUUUGCCUCUAUGGAGGUUUGUUGGUGAGGUACAUGCUGAUAAAAACAAUGACAACAAGCAUCUGCUGUUCACUAACAAGUAUUUUGUUAUCAAAUACAAUGGUGAUAAGAUUAUCCAUGUUAAUCUUACUCAAGAGAGCGCCAAACCUUUGGUAGAGGGAAGAGUUUUAGACAUGACAUAUUCUGUUAAAUGGAUUCCAACAAAUGUCUCUUUUGCACGUCGUUUUGAUGUGUACCUUGACUAUCCUUUCUUUGAGCAUCAGAUCCACUGGUUUUCUGUUUUCAAUUCCUUUAUGAUGGUUAUAUUCCUCACUGGAUUGGUGUCCAUGAUUUUGAUGAGAACCCUGAGAAAUGACUAUGCCAAAUAUGCUCGUGAAGAUGAUGAUUUGGAGACUCUGGAGAGGGAUGUAAGUGAAGAAUCUGGUUGGAAACUUGUUCAUGGAGAUGUUUUCCGGCCCCCUCGCAAUUUAGCUUUACUUUCAGCUGUUGUUGGCACUGGUGCACAACUGGCAAUGCUUAUUCUCCUUGUCAUUGUAUUUGCUAUUGUUGGGACGUUAUACAUAGGGAGAGGAGCAAUUGUAACAACUUUUAUAGUAUGUUACGCAUUUACAUCAUUCAUUUCUGGUUACGUGAGUGGUGGCAUGUAUUCCAGGCAUGGCGGCAAAACCUGGAUUAAGGCAAUGAUUCUUACGGCUUCCCUUUUCCCAUUUAUGUGCUUUGGCAUUGGGUUCAUCUUGAAUACUAUUGCCAUAUUUUAUGGAUCUCUAGCUGCUAUUCCUUUUGGUACAAUGGUAGUUGUUUUUGUCAUUUGGGCAUUCAUCUCCUUCCCACUCGCACUCCUUGGAACAGUCAUUGGUAGGAACUGGAGUGGUGUUCCUAACAAUCCAUGCCGUGUGAAGACCAUUCCUCGUCCAAUUCCUGAGAAGAAAUGGUAUCUUAAACCAUCUGUCAUCUCUUUAAUGGGAGGACUGCUUCCCUUUGGCAGCAUUUUCAUUGAGAUGUAUUUUGUUUUCACAUCAUUCUGGAAUUACAAGGUGUACUAUGUCUACGGGUUCAUGUUGCUUGUUUUUCUCAUCCUGAUAAUUGUUACCAUAUGUGUGACAAUUGUGGGGACAUAUUUCCUGUUGAAUGCUGAAAACUAUCACUGGCAAUGGACCUCAUUUUUCUCUGCUGCUUCCACAGCUUUCUACGUGUAUCUAUACUCUAUAUAUUACUACCAUGUGAAAACCAAGAUGUCAGGGUUUUUCCAGACGAGCUUCUAUUUUGGGUACACAUUGAUGCUCUGUCUUGGUUUAGGAUUACUUUGUGGAGCAGUUGGUUACCUAGGCUCCAAGUCAUUUGUCAGGAGGAUCUACAGAAAUAUCAAAUGCGACUAAUGAAUUAUUUCAAGGCUGAUCGAAUCUGUCUUGUGGCAAAUGUGUGAGAGAAGUACACAGAUCUGAAAGUGGACUGAUACCAGAAAACAUGCUUUGAUUAUUGGGUGUUCCAUGGGAUGGGAGGGUCUCAGCUUUACCUAAAUGUAUACUUUAUGUCACUGAACAAGUUACAAAUUUUCAGCUAGAAUAUGGAGAAUUUCUCCGUCCUAAGGAGUAGGAGUAGUGAGAUUGUAUGCCUGUCAAAUGUAUACCCGUAAGCUACUGAUUUUGUUUUCUUCUUCCAUUAUUUUAAACUAGAGCAGCAAGCUGUUUCAUUUAGCAUCAAUUACUACCAUAAUUUCUCAGUGAUUAUGUGUAAUUUUAGUGAGAGGGGUUUAAAUUUUUUUUAAAUAAAGUUUUAAGUUGGAA